AUGGCCCGCACGUUUGACUUUGAAGAGCUCAAGAAGCUGGCAUUCGAGGCAAGAGACCUCUCGUACUCGCCGUACUCCAAGUUCCGUGUUGGCGCAUGUCUCGUGGAUGAUCAGGGUACUUUCUUUCAAGGCGCCAACGUAGAGAACGCAGCGUACGCAGGACUCUGUGCAGAACGAACGGCCCUCGUCAAGGCCAUCACCUCUGCACCUGGCUAUGCGCGCAAGUUCAAGGCGAUUGCCAUCACGGCCGAUAUCUCUGAUCCCAUUGCACCCUGCGGCAGUUGUCGCCAGUUUCUGCGUGAGUUCAGUACGGAUCUCGUCUUUUACAUGUUCAGGGCGGAUGGCAGCUACGUGGAGAAGACGCUGGGGGAUCUGCUGCCGAUGAGCUUUGGGCCAGAGUCGCUUGAGUCGUAG